CAAAGAGUAAUUGUUAUGCAGCGUGAGGGUCUUGAUUUCCAACAAGGAGUGGUCUGAAGAGGAGCAGACUGACCACAAUAUACUAUAAAAGCAUUGAUCGCUGGAAUUCUGAAGGCUGGAGACGGAGCAGAGAACACGCAGACUUCAUCAUGAACUUUCAGGGCAUAUUAUAUCAUCUCUGCUUCUUUCACACUGCUCUGAGCCUGCAGCAUGUGAGGUGGUGUACAGUCUCUGAGCAAGAACAGGCCAAGUGUAAUGACAUGAGGGCAGCCUUCACUGAUGCCAACAUCCUUCCCAAUGUAUUAUGUGUUAGUGGCAGCUCGGCCAUUAACUGUACCCAUAUGAUUAAGAACAAUUUGGCCGAUGCGGUGACAUUGGAUGGUGGCACCAUUUAUCAAGCUGCAAAGGAACAUAAUCUGAAACCUGUGGUUGGAGAAGUAUAUGAUCAAGAAAUUGGCACAUCAUACUAUGCAGUGGCUGUUGUCAGAAAAAAUUCCUUCAUUAGCAUCAACAGUUUGAAGGGCAUAAGGUCAUGCCACACAGGCAUCAACAGAACAGUUGGCUGGAAUGUUCCUGUUGGCUACCUCAUUGAUAGUGGUCGCAUGCCAGUGAUGGGAUGCAAUGUUCCAAAAGCUGUCAGUGAAUAUUUCAGUGCAAGCUGUGUUCCUGGAGCCAAUAAUGUAAAUUACCCAAAAUCCCUCUGUCAGCUCUGUAAAGGGGACGCAGCUGGGCAGGACAAAUGUGAAAGAAAUUCAAAAGAGCAGUAUUAUGACUACAGCGGGGCUUUCAGGUGUUUGGCUGAAGGAGCUGGAGAUGUCGCCUUUGUGAAGCACAGCACAGUGUCUGAAAACACAGAUGGCCAGACUCCUUCCUCAUGGGCCCAAGAGCUUCACUCCAGGGACUUCCAGCUUCUCUGCCGCGAUGGCAGCACAGCUGAGGUUACAGAAUGGAGGAAAUGCCACCUGGCCCGAGUCCCAGCUCAUGCUGUUGUCGUCAGACCUGACACUGAUGGGUCAAUCAUCUUCCAGAUGCUUAAGCAGGGGCAGCAAAGAUUUCAGAUGUUUGACUCUGCGGCUUACAAUGCAAAGAAUCUUCUCUUCAAAGACACCACCACAGAAUUGGUUCCAAUCACAAAUCAGAACUACCAGGCUUGGCUGGGUGAUGAAUAUAUGCAUGCCAUGCAAGGCUUGAGCUGCGAUCCCACCAGGUUACCAGAAAGCCUGCGAUGGUGCGUUGUGCUCAUUGAGGAGAUCUGGAAAUGUAGUGAAAUGGCUAUUGCUUUUAAAAAAAAGAACUUGAAACCAGAGAUCCAGUGUGUUUCAGCCAAGACAACAGAACAGUGUAUGGAAAUGAUCCAGAAAAAAGAAAGUGAUGCUGUAAGUGUGGAUGGAGUUGAUAUUUAUAUAGCUGGAAAGAUGUAUGGCCUAGUGCCAGCUGCUGGAGAAAGUUACUCUGCUGACGACAACAGCAACAUGUACUAUGCUGUGGCAUUAGUGAAACGGAACAAUUCUAAUGCUUUCACCAUCAAUGAUCUGAAAGGGAAAAAGUCCUGCCACACAGGAUAUGGGAGAAUGGCUGGAUGGAACAUCCCUAUUGGUGUUCUAAUUAAAAGGGGCUUUAUUAGGCCCAUGGACUGCAAUAUUCCUCAAGCUGUAAGUGACUUUUUCUCUGCUAGCUGUGUGCCUGCAGCCAAGAUGGACAGUUACCCAUCAAAACUCUGUGAGCUUUGCAUUGGAGAUAAUAGUGGAAAGAAUAAAUGCGAUGCAAGUACCCAGGAACGUUAUUAUAGCUACAGUGGAGCCUUCAGGUGUCUGAUGGAGGAUUCUGGUGAUGUGGCCUUUGUCAAGCACUCAACAGUUUUUGAGAACACUGAUGGUAACAAUGCUGAUUCCUGGGCUCUUCACCUUCAGUCCAGUGACUUCCAGUUACUGUGUCCAAAUGGAGCCCGUGCUGAAAUCACUCAGUUUGCUCAUUGUCACUUGGCUCAGGUGCCUGCCCAGGUUGUCAUGGUCCACCCAGACACCAACAUUUUUGCUGUAUAUGGACUACUGGACAAAGCUCAGGAUUUCUUUGGAAAUGACAGCAAUGGAAAUGGAUUCAAAAUGUUUGAUUCUUCAGAUUUCCUAGGAACAGAUUUGAUCUUUAAAGAUUCCACCAUUAAGAUUGUACCAGUAGGAGAGAAAACAACAUAUGCAGAAUGGCUGGGGAGUGAAUACAUAGAUUCUCUUGAAGGGAUGCAAUCACCACAGUGCUCUGGGGCAGCUGCAAUAUCCAUGAACAUCGUUGGGCUGCUGGCAGCUAGUGUCCUGAUUAGAUUCUACUUGUGA